ACCAGGCGGCGUGUUGGGCGCCGGGGUCCAAGGCAUCCGCGGAUCCCUGCGGGAAGCGCCGAAACACGCCGGUGCACCCGGGCUUCUCAGGCUCCCCUCCCGCUUCUUGCAGGAAAGCGCCGUCUGUGGAUGCUAUGGGCAAACCCGAGUGGGUCUGAAGCUGACCGUGAAGACUGGGGGGGCGUGCUGACGCGAGCAGCCACACUGCCACGCGGCGGGGGACCCCGGCCCCGCGCCCUCGGCGAGCCCCUGGGGCGGGACCCGGCGGGUGGGAGUUCCCGGGGGUCAGGGUCUUAUCUCCCGCACCCAGGCCUGGGUGGGGCUUCUGUCCUUGGCCGCCUCCGCUCCCCGUCUCCCGCCUCGGGGGCGCCCCCUCUGGGUGUCGCACGCCCGGUCGCCCCGCGGUCACCGGCGCGCAGCGAGCUCUGGGCGGUUACCGCUCUGCGUCCCCCGCCGGCGGCGCGCCCCUCGCUCGCGCGGGCUGGCAGUUCAAUCGCACAAACAGUGUCCGGCUUCCUGUCCUCGUCCCCCUCCCGCCCCGUUUCCCUGGCCCCUCCCUCUCCCCCGCCCGCUCCGCCCGCCCGCUCCCCCUCCCCCGAGCCCUCUGGGUCCCGGGAUGGGGGGGCGGUGAGGCAGGCACAGCCCCCCGCCCCCAUGGCCGCCCGUCGGAGCCAGAGGCGGAGGGGGCGCCGGGGGGAGCCGGGCACCGCCCUGCUGGCCCCGCUCGCGCUGGGCCUGGGCCUGGCGCUGGCCUCCCUUGGCCUCCUGCUGGCCGUGGUCAGCCUGGGGAGCCGGGCAUCGCAGUCCGCCCAGGAGCCUUCCCAGAGGGAGCUGACGGCAGGAGAGGACCGGGACCCGCGGGAGCCGAGCCCCCAGUCAGAGGGUCCUGUGCCUUUUCUGAAGCGACUGGUUCGGCCUCAAAGAAGUGCACCUAAAGGCCGGAAAGCACGGGCUCGCAGAGCGAUUGCAGCCCACUAUGAAGUUCACCCACGUCCGGGACAAGAUGGAGCACAGGCGGGUGUGGAUGGAACAGUGAAUGGCUGGGAAGAGGCCAAAAUCAACAGCUCCAGUCCACUGCGCUACGACACCCAGAGAGGGCAGUUUAUAGUCACCAAGGCUGGGCUCUACUACCUGUACUGUCAGGUGCACUUUGAUGAAGGGAAGGCUGUCUACCUGAAGCUGGACUUGCUGGUGGAUGACACACUGGCCCUGCGCUGCCUGGAGGAGUUCUCAGCCACUGCAGCCAGUUCCCUGGGGCCCCAACUCCGGCUUUGCCAGGUGUCUGGAUUACUGCCCCUGCGGUCAGGGGCUUCCUUACGAAUCCGCACCCUCCCCCGAGCCCAUCUCAAAGCUGCCCCCUUUCUCACCUACUUUGGACUCUUCCAAGUUCACUGAGGGACUCUGGACAUUCCCAGGCUGACAGCUCCCCACUGCAGCUCUCUGACUAUCCCAGUCAUCCUCCCCCUCCCCAGACCCACUCCCUGCUCUCCUACCCCCUCCCCAGGAUUUGCUCACCUGUCCCCAGUGCCACACAGAAAAGUCCACACUUCUCUGACAACCCCACCCCAAACCUCCCUACAUUUGACACCCCCAUUUAUCUCCUGACUCCCCACUCUGACCAUACACACUCCAGGACACUGUGUUUACUAAACUGUGGAUGAAGAUGGGUCCCAAAUACCCCUCUUCAGGCACUAGGAGAGGCUGGGCGCCAGAAAGACUGGGACUAGGCCAGGAGGUCCCAAAUGUGCGGGCUGAGAGACCCAAACAAGUUCUUCCCGAAGACUCCCUGUGGAUUUUUAAAACAGAUAUUAUUUUUAUUAUUAUUAUGACAAAGUGUUGAAAAGUGGAUAUUAAAGAGAAUAAGUCAUGGUC